AUGGCGAGAGCAACAGAAAAACGCAUAUACCUCACCCGGCAUGCGCAAGCUGCGCACAAUGUUUCCUCGGACUACUCUAUUCCCGAUGCUCCCUUGACGGCUCUUGGCAGAGCGCAAGCUGCAUCUCUACAUGCAUACACAGAGAAUAUCAUACACACUACUGCGGAACUCCUCGUAACGAGCGGCCUGCGCCGUACGCUGUCCACCACGGUCAUCGGCUAUGCUGCACUGCGGAGGAGAUUAGAGGCAGAGGGCAAGAACGUCAUUGUCUUGCCCCAGCUGCAAGAAUGCAACGAUCUGCCUUGUGAUACCGGGUCGCCUCGCCAAGUGCUUGAAGCCGAUCCAGAAUAUGCGGGUCUUGACCUCAGCCUGCUGAUACCUGAUUGGACGUCAAAACGCGGAUUCUACGCAUGCGACGCAGCUUCUCUUAAGGCGCGUGCUCGUUGGGCUCGCCAGUGGCUGCGGUCGCGUCCCGAGCGCGAUAUCGUCGUUGUCGGACAUGGCGACUGCUUGCGAUACAUCACGCAAGGCCAGAACUCCACUUCGCCGUGGGCUAAUGUGGAGGUGCGGGAGUACACCUUCGCGGUAGAUGAAGAGGACGACGUAGAGGGUGAUGCGUGGCUCACGCCGGUAAAGAAGUUAGUUCAGGAGGAACCCACCUCAUCUUCGCAAGCCCUCAGAAACUAG